GCAUCACUUCAAACACCUGGAUUGUUUCUCCAGUUCCUUCGCCUGUUUUGUCAUUUGGGUCUCCCUACCCGACGGGUCGAAUCCUUCUGUCGCACCGAGCAUACCGCCGCGCCCUAACCGUACACCACCGAUCCUCCUCGCUCCCAAAGGGAGACAUCGCGAAGACACACCAACCUCCCCUCCACCCUCCGUCAUCAUUGCCAUGGCCUAGAUAUAGUUUUCGACUGCUUCUCCCCUAAGCAUACUGGAGCCCUGCGCUAUGGCUUCCCAGGACUCGCCCCAUGCCACGUUCAAGUUUCCCGCCUUCCAGCCAGAUCUUCUCCCCACGCAUGAAGAGGAGCCGCUGGGUAUCAGCUCGUCCCGCACAGCCAGUCCCAGUCGCGCGCCGCCGAACGGAAGUGCUUUGCCCGACCGCUGGCAGCCGCGCAAGGAGCCGAGAUAUGGAUACAUGAAUGGGUCUGCGCAUUCUACUGCCGGAAGGCAUGGAAGACAGAAGAGCCUUGGUGAGGCCAUCAGGACGAUACGGACACGGAAAGCAAGCGUCAGUCAGAAUGCGCACGAGAUUGCAGAUGCGCUGAAGGCGCCCCUUUCCCCGACACUCAUUGUACUCUGCGGCGUCUGGUACAUGACCUCCAUAUCCUCGAACACCUCUUCAAAAGCAAUCCUCACCGCCCUCCCUAAGCCUGUAACGCUUACAAUCGUACAAUUCGCCUUUGUCUCGGGGUGGUGUUUGUUUCUGGCUGCUCUUGCUCGGAGAUACCCCCGCCUUAAGCACGUCAUGCCCUUUCUGAAAUACGGCAUCCGGCCUCCCACACGAGAACUCAUCAUGACCACGCUCCCACUAGCCUUCUUCCAAGUUGGAGGACAUAUUCUGAGCUCCGACGCCACCCGCCGAAUACCUGUAUCACUCGUCCACACCAUCAAGGGCCUCUCCCCCCUCAUGACCGUCGCCGCAUACCGAAUCUUCUUCAAAAUCGAGUACUCAAUCCCCACCUACCUUUCCCUCAUCCCUCUCACUCUAGGCGUCAUCCUCGCUUGCUCCGCCGACUUCUCCGCCAACUUCAUGGGCCUCGUCAUGGCCUUCGCCUCCGCCGUCCUCUUCGUCACCCAAAACAUCGUCUCCAAGCAAAUCUUCAACGACGCAGCCGAGGCGGAAAAGGGAGGCCUCCCCCCAACCCGCUUCACCAAACCCGACAAACUGAAUCUCCUCUGUUACUCCUCCGGCCUCGCCUUCCUCUUCACCCUCCCCCUCUGGCUCUGGUCCGAAGGCUUCGGCCUCAUCAGCGACUUCCUCAACGACGCCUCCAUCUCCCUCUCCGACAAACCCGGCGCCUACGACCACGGCCGUCUCGUCCUCGAGUUCCUCUUCAACGGCACCUUCCACUUUGGCCAAAACAUCGUCGCCUUCGUGCUCCUCAGCAUGGUCAGCCCCGUCACCUACUCGGUCGCGAGUCUCAUUAAGCGCGUCUUCGUCAUCGUCUUCGCGAUCAUCUGGUUCGGGAAACCGAUGACGAAUGUGCAGCUGGUGGGCUUCUUCCUGACGUUUGCGGGCUUGUAUCUUUAUGAUAGGACGAGCGAUGCGGCGAAGGCGGAUAGGCGGGCCAGGUUGGCGCAGAGGAAGGGUCAGGGAACGUUGUUGCCGGUUUCUACGCAGGAUAGGUUUCCUAGGCAGAACGGGUUUGUGACGAGUCCUGUGCCGAUGGGAACGGGCGCGUAUCCGAUUGCCACGGGUGCGAGUGGGAAUGGGAAGGUGGUGGAGCCGAGGGAGGAGAAGAGAAAUGAUGGCGAUGCCAGUGGCGGGGGUAGUAAGAAUCCCUCCUCUGGGUGGAUGAUGCCGGGUACGAAGCAGGAGGAGACGUGGAGGCCGAAUGGGGCCUUGGGAAGGGGUCCGCCAGGUGCGGUGGGCGUUUCGUAUGGGUAAUUCUUGUGUGUAUUAUAUUCUUCCUUUCUCUUUACUCUCUUAUUUACUUGGUAGAUUUUGGAAAACAUGUAGGUGGUGCUGGUGAUGAUGAUGAGGGUACUAUAUAACUAUAGAUGCAUGGUAUAGAUUGAGGAGAGGGAUAUAAGGUCUUCAUGAGCCGACAACACAGGGACGCUGGACGAGCAGUCGACAAUCGAUGUCUGAGAAACAUAUAUAGUUAUAUGCAAAUCUUAUGUGCUGAUGGGAC